AUGCAGCUGAAUACAUUUUCAUAAAAAACGAUUAAACACGUCGAAAAUAUUAAUAAUCAUCAUUAUUUUGCCUGCAUCCCUUAGAAAGGAAAUCCUAAUUGUUCUGAUUAAGAAAAAAUAAAUAUAUCAAAUGAGUCUUCUUUAUCCUAAAAAACUAUUUCAAAUAAUAGCUACAGUCAUUAAUCAAAUGGAACUUAUUACAAAAAGCAUUCAAUCAUUUUUAGAGAACUGAGAAGUAUUUCAAAUCAGAGUCACAAUAAUUAGAUGGAGGAAAUAUCAAAAGCGUUUGUAUUUCGAAUUAAAUCAAAGAAUCACAUUAAGAAUGAACCUCUUGGAAAUGAUUAAGUCGAAUAGAAUUAAAAGGAGCACAAAACCAAAGACCUAGUUAAAGUAUUACGUGAUAUGUAAAAAAAGCGACAAGAAUAUACAUAGAAAAAGUAAUUUGUACCAAAGUCUCCAAUUCCAAUACUAAAAAACUAGAAUGCUAAAAUCUAAGAGGAUUUUUAGAUUGCAAAGAGUCAAAAUUAAGUGAAGAAAUUGCCUAAAAUAUAUACAAAAUAAGCUCCAGUUAUAAUAGAAGUAUUAGAAUAGUAUGAACCUCUCAACAAAUCAAGUAGAUUAUAAGGGAAUGGGAUCGGAGAAGAUCCCUUCUAAGUUAAGCUUACGCGGUAUUAUUAAUUUCUAUUUAAAUUUUAAUGUAACCAUUUAUUCUAUGUGAAAUAAUCAUAAGUAAGAUCUCAAAGUUAUUACAUUGAAGGAAUUAAUGAAAAUGAAAUGAUUAUCAAAGAAUUAAUGAGAAAAAGAUGGUGGUGGUGUGAAUCCAUUGAAAAAACAGAUGAUGUAUAGUUUUAUUGGUCUCAAAGAUCUAAUUCUUAAUUCUUAUAAAGAUAAAAGAUAAGAGUGUUAUUUGAUGAAAGUUAGAAUAAGGUUGUUGACCCAUUUAAUUUAGACAAUUAUGAAGAACAAAUAAAAUUUGCAAUAGAACAUAAACUAGUACUAAUAUCACCUAGUGGAAGACUACAUAAUCACAUAGAGAUUAAUUAAUUGAUAGGAUUUAAGAAGAACUUUAUAAGAUUCUUAGAAUAAUAUGCUUCCUUGUUAAAUAUAGACUUAUUUUAAUUUUUUCCUUAUUCCAUAAAUAUAUCUAGUUAACAAGAUCCAAAGUUAAAUUUAUUCUUAACAUAACAAAAAAAUUAAAAUUCUUUGUGGAUUGUGAAGCCUGGAGAAUGGGCGAAUAAUGGAUAAUUCAUGAAAAUUUGCCAGAAUGCUAAGUAGGUGUAAGAUUUUAUAAUAUCUGAAUUUAAAAAUCAUGAUCACAGUUUUGAAACUUUAGUAAUUUAAAAAUAUAUAAAACCUUUAUUAUAUUAUAAAAGGAAAUUUGAUUUAUACACAUAUUUGCUGAUUAGCCAGAUAAAUGGAGUUGUGAGAGUUUACUUUUAUGAUGAAGUAUAUGGUAGAACCAGUAGCAAAGAAUAUAAUGAGCAGGACUUGGAUCCUUUGAUACAUUUUACGAAUAGUCAAAUAUAAAGGGAAUCAAAAGGAUUUUCACUUUAAGAACCAGGAAAUAAGUUAUCGAUUGACAAAUUAUAAGAGUUUUUCGUUUAAUUUAAAUUAAAUUUCAAAGAAACCGUGAUUCCUUAAUUAAAGACGAUUGCAAUUCAUGCAAUAAAAGCAGUGUUUACUCAUUUAGUAGUGAAAGAUCAUAAUUUUGAAGUAUAAAUAUAAUAUAUAUAGAUUAUAGGUUUGAAUUAUAUUGUUGAUUAAGAAUUCAAGCCCUGGUUAGUAGAAGUAAAUUUAAAUCCUAGCUUUGUUCCUGAUAGUCCAUAUCAUCAAAAAGUAAUCACUU